CUUAAUCAUCUUCCUAGCAACUUCCUCGUAGUCACAUAAAUUUUCCCCUUUUCUCUGUUUUCUGUAAUCUCAUUUAUAAAAUCAAAAGAUAACACUUCUUCUCCAAGCUUCCACCGUGUUUACUCUUCUCAUCUCUUCCAACUUGCGUUGACCACAAAACUUGUACACUUUCUUCUCUUUUUCUCCUUUCAUUUUCAUCUUCAUUUUUCAUACAUAUCCACAAAUAUUAUUAUUAUCACUUUUUUCUUUUCCCUUUAUUCAAAAAAACCAUUACCUUAAUCACUAGAUCUAUUCUCUUUGAAAAAACAAAACCUUAAUUUCUUGUUCAGAUUCAAACAUGUUUUCUACUGAAACACUCGUAGAAAAUUUUCCUGGUUCUGUUAACGGAUGCAUGUUUGGAAACAUACCCGUGUCUGUUUUUUCAAACCAAAACCCAGAAAACGCGUUUAAAUUCGAAGAUUCAAAUUCAAUAUCACCUUCAAGUGAUUCUGUUCCUUCUUCUGUAAUAACCUCAAAUGGUGAAUCUUCUGAGAGUAGUAAGUAUUCAAAUCCUAUUCUUAGAUAUAUAAGUGAUAUUCUUAUGGAUGAAGAAGAUUUGGAGACAAAGCCUUGUAUGUUGCAAGAUUGUUUGAAGCUUCAAGCUGCUGAAAAAUCGUUUUAUGAUGUUUUAGGAUCAGUAACUGGAACUAGUUCUAGUUCUGAGAGCUAUAGUAAUUGUAGUUAUAAUACUGAUAAUUCUGUUGUUGAUUGCGAUUCGCCGGAAAAUAAUGCAUAUGAGGUGUUUGAUAAAAUUCCUUAUGAUCCGCGAGGUUUUUUCGGUUCUCCGAGUGAUGUUUGGAAGAUGAAUGAAGAGGGUAGUUUUGUUUUGGGUUCUAGAGGUUUAGGGGAAAAGAGAGGUUAUUUGAUGAAUUGUAAUGAUAUUGGUAUUUCACAUGAAGAAGAUCUGAGAAGAAACAAGGUUUCAGCUGUUUAUUAUGAUGAUACAGAGUUAUCAGAGAUGUUUGAUGAUGUUCUUCUUUGUAAGGAUGGUAAAAGUCCGUCGAUUUUUUGUGAUAAUUCUGAGUCGUCGCAAUCACAGAUUUCUGGUUCAGGAAGAUCUAAUGGAACCUCUAAUGGAAAGACAUCGCGAUCCAAGAAAGGUUCCGGUAAGGGGAAAAAACUAAGUACUACGGUAGAUUUAUGGACUUUGUUAACUCAAUGUGCACAAGCUGUUGGUAGCUAUGAUCAAAGGAAUGCAAAUGAUAUACUGAAGCAGAUUAGGCAGCAUUCUUCGCCAAGUGGCGAUGGACUUCAGCGUUUAGCUCAUUACUUUGCUGAUGGACUUGAGGCGCGAUUAUCUGCUGGUACACCGAUGUAUAAACUCCUUCAGUCAUCGUCUGCUGCAGAUAUGUUGAGAGCUCAUAAAGUUUAUAUCACAGCUUCUCCAUUUCAAAGGAUGUCGAAUUUCUUGGCCAACAGAACUAUUCUGAAGCUGGUAGAAAAUAAAAGCAGCCUCCACAUUAUCGACUUUGGUGUUUUCUAUGGCUUUCAGUGGCCUUGUCUCAUCCAGCGUCUUUCAGAGAGAUCCGGUGGGCCACCAAGGCUUCGUAUUACAGGAAUUGAUCUUCCUCAGCCAGGAUUUAGGCCUGCAGAAAGGGUUGAAGAGACAGGUCGGCGACUUGUGAAGUACUGCAAGAGGUUUGGAGUUCCAUUUGAGUACAAUUGCCUUGCUCAGAAAUGGGACACUUUAAGACUUGAGGAUCUCAAGAUUGAUAGAGAAGAAGUAACAGUGGUUAACUGCUUACACAGAUUGAAGAAUGUUUCUGAUGAAACGGUGACGGAAAAUUGUCCUAGAGAUGCUGUGUUGAGGUUGAUCAGGAGGAUUAAUCCAAACAUUUUCAUACAUGGUGUAGUGAAUGGAACUUAUAACGCACCCUUUUUUCUUACUAGGUUCAGGGAAGCACUAUUCCAUUUCUCAUCAUUGUUUGAUAUGCUUGAAGCUACGGUGCCGCGUGAAGAUGAUCAAUAUAGGCUGAUGAUUGAGAAAGGGUUAUUCGGAAGGGAUGCAGUAAAUGUGAUAGCUUGUGAAGGAGCAGAGAGGGUUGAAAGGCCAGAGACUUACAAGCAGUGGCAGGUUAGGAACAAGAGAGCAAGGUUCAAACAACUUCCAUUGGCUCCAGAACUGGUGGAUAGAGUGAAAGAAAUGGUGAAGAAGGAGUAUCCGAAAGAUUUUGUAGUUGAUGAGGAUGGGAAGUGGGUUCUGCAGGGUUGGAAAGGGCGUAUUCUGCUAGCUGUUUCUUGCUGGGUUCCUUCUUAAUCAAAUUAUAUAGACUAUAGUCAUAGCACUCUUCUCUAGGGAAUUUAUUUUCUUUGCUAAUUUGUGUGUGAACUGGUAAACUGUAAAGUACUGAGUAAGGGUAAUACUAAUCUUGGAUUUUAGUAGGUUUAAACCAUCCUAUUAUACUUUAAAGUUGGAUUAAGAUUGGAUAUAUUCUUACUUAUGUACUUUAUAUACAAGUUUAUAUCAGCUUAUGCAUUUGCAAUAUUCUUC